AUGGGCCCAUCUAGACACACACGGGCGACGGCAGCUUCGGCUGGCGCCCCGUCGAAUCGCAAUGUCGAUUCCACUCCCGCUUCUCCCUCCAAGACACCAGUACGACCAUCACCAUAUGCGCGAACACCGACGAAACCGUCCGCGUCCUCAGCGCUCACUCUCGGUCCCAGCACGCCUACGUCGCGCACCAGCUCGCCCAUGAUGCUGCGCGAGAUCUUUUCGAUGAUUAGUCCCUUCCGAGGACUCAGUAGAGCUCGCCGCUCGGCUGCCUUUGGAGCGGCUGACGAGAUGGAAGCAGACCAAGACACGUCGACCGACGAGCAUAUCGGGCAGACGCUCGAAAAGGUCCAAGAGACCGUCGACGACGACGACCGCAUGAUCGAAGAUGCUGAGCAGGGGGCCUCCAUCGCUGAAGUUCCAACCCCAUCGCAGAACGCGCCUAGCAGCCAUCUGGAUGCUCCUCCCUCAGACACACGCUCGGCUCUCCGAUCAUCGAGUCCCAGACCUCGCUCGUCGUUGGCUGCGCCGCCGCCCAAAUCGCUACCCUUGGCGGACAGCUCGCUCGUCACACCUGGUCUGCGUCGUCAUUUUGCCAAUGCACCAUCUAGCGCUCUUUCGUCAACGCCUGCCCCGUCGAUAUCUCAUGCUCCUCCGACACAGACCAGCCCGGUUUCUCGCAACUACGACCUGCUUGCCCGCUUCUUCUCCGAAAAGCAACGAGGGGGCCAGGGCGGUCUCACCGAAGUCGAAGUCGAAGGCUGCAUCCGCUUGAUUGAGGAGAGCAUGGCUUCAGGACGCAACCUCGAAUCCGAGUUCGCCAGCAGCGGCUCUCUUUACGGUCGAUCCUUCCCCGCGGCGCAGACGAGCGGCUUCGCUCCUUCCUCCUCUCGGGCCAGCAGCAUCGCACCCCCUGCGUUGCCGUCUUCGCAGAGCAUGAACACCCUGUUCCAUCCCGGCGCCAACCGACUCCCUGCCUCCUCGAGCGCCUACUCGUUCCUCGCACCUCGUGCACCUGCCCCUCGGUCUGCAUUUGGCGCCGCACCCUCGACCACGCGAAGGCGACCUAUCUAUCUUGGUCCUGGCAUGAGCGGGCUCUCGCUCAACCGCCGCAGACCCGUUGUGGCCAGUGCAUCGCGCGCAGCCGCAUUGGCGAAAACGGCAAGCUUCAUGCCGAGAUCCAGCACGGAUCCCGAUCUCGCUGGCCUAGUUAGGCAGGCAGGCGAUUCGCAAGAGUUCACCGAUCGAUCCGAAGCGGCUAAGCGCCGUCGCACGGGCGUCGAUGCUGCCAACGCUGUCUCGUCCGCCCCAGCUCUCGGAUCGACAACGGAUCAGACAGUCCAGUUCGAGCCUUCCUAUGAGAAGGAAGCUCGUCAGAGCAGCCUCCUUGCCAAAGACAUUGCUGCUUCCACCUCAUCCACCCACGGUUCCUCUGGCUCUCCCUUAAAGCGAGCUGCUCCGUCAGCAGAGAUUCCAGCUAACAAGACGAGUCCGCCCAAGGCGACGACACGCACGGCCAGUGCGAUCCAGGAUAUCCUCAAAACGACUCCGCCCGUGCGCCCACCAACCAAGCCUGAGCUCGUCAACCCCUACCAGUCUGCCGCCCCAUUGGCUGCCAAGAGUAAAUCCCCAGCCGAAGCUGAUUCCACCAAGACGACGCCCGUACGCCACUCGGCUCGCACUUCGAUGCUGACCCGUGCUAAGGCGAGGGAGACAGCCAGAGCUGCAGAGAAGCUGAGUCCUCCCAAAGAGUCGGUGCUCGACCUCAUCGAACGCACUGCGCCCAAGACGAUCAACAAGAGGAAACCAACGACCGAGGCGCAGGGAACUCAGCAGACUGACAAGGCUCUCGCUCCAAACACGGUGGCUUCUGCAGCGGAGAAUCGUCCAUCGGUGGAGGAACGCAAGCAGCAAAAGACAGAAGAGGUGCAGCGACGGCUUGAGGCGCUUAACAAGUCCAAGAGCCAGCAGCAGCAAGAACAGCCGCAGCAGAGUGUUCCAAAGCCUGCUGUGGCCGACGCCAAAUCUGCAAAGGUGUCUGCCAACUUGGUGCCCCCACAAUACACGGCCACUAAGCCCAAGAAACCUUCGCCGUUGUCCGCUGCUUUCCAAGCACCCGACUCGCCCGGUUCCGAUUCCGAGGCAGCUGCACCAGUCCAACCACGCGGUCCUGCCAUCUCUCGACCCAGCUUCAGCUUUGGCAGUCCUGCUUCGGCGAAUGCCGCAAAGCCAGCAACGCCUUCGACCGGGUUCUCGUUCAGUGCGCCCAAGGCUACAGCCAACUCACAUUCUGAUCCAGCUGCAGCUUCGUCCAGUGACUUUUCGUUUUCUAAGCCAGCAGCAUCGGCGUCGGCGCCGGCACAGCCAGCGUCGAGCGCUGCACCAGCUCCUACUGUGCCUUCGUUCUCGUUCAGCCCAGUCGCAGCUGCACCCAAGCCCGCCGCCAGCACGACGCCUGCAAGCGCCGGAUUCAGCUUUUCUGUUCCCUCUUCCGCCACGACAUCGAGUUCGAGCGCAAGCAAUAGCACGAGCGCUGUCACCUCGUCGACAUCGAGCUCGGUGCGUAGCCAGGUGCUGGCGGAAGACGCUUCCACGCUGCCCAAGUUCGACUGGCAAACGCCUUCGAUUUCGGCCCCUGCCGAUGAACUCGCCAACCAGGCACUGCGGGACGAGAUCAAGUCCGUAGCGCAGGCGGCACUGCCCAAAUUUGACUUUAUCUACGACAUUGAGACGUCCGCUGAUGGUUCCGAUAAAGGCUCGAGCGGGAAAGCUGUCGCGCCCAGCGCUGGCUUUGGUUUCAGUGCUUCAGCUCAGGCGUCGCCUGCACCCGCGUCCGGACCCGCUACCACAUCUGUCGCGACAGAUGCUGCUACAUCCAACAUCUCUGCGUCUGAGGAUGCCUCUCCCGACCCCUCCACCGACGACGCGAGCAAGUCACAAUCUUCCGGCCUGCUUGGCGAAGGCGAAGGUGAAGAAUCCGAGCGGACGCUUCUCGAAGUGCGCGCCAAGAUCUGGCGGCUGGACAUGGAGUCCAAGUCGUGGAAGGACCUCGGCGUGUGCAUCGCCAAGAUCAAACACGACUCGGCGACGGGCAAGCACCGGCUGCUCGCACGAAACGAAGCCAACGGCAAGGUCGCCGUCAACUUUAUGCUGUACAAGGGGCUCAAGAGUAGUCUGGACAAGACGGUCAAUGCGUUCCUAGGGUUUGAUGGCAAAGAGCCGACGCAGUACAGGAUGAAGGUCAAGACGCAGGAGUCGGCUGAGGAGUUCAAGGAGGCGUUGGAGGGCGCUGCGGGUAAGGCUUAA